AUGUCAUUGGCCAGUUUCAACGAAAGCAUCUUUCAUGACUAUCUUGCAAGCCAGGAAGCGCGUUUACCCAUCUUACCAGAUGUCGGGGAAAUAACGCCAUUAGUCACUCGAGUACUAGGGGCCAACCCUGGAAAGUUUCAAUUGCAAGGAACAAACACCUAUCUCAUCGGAAGUGGAAAAGAAAAAAUCCUGAUCGACACCGCUCAAGGCGAACCAGAGUGGAUUGACUUCAUUUCCUCGGUGCUAAAAAUAGGCGGCUUCACAAUCUCACACGUGCUUCUUACACAUUGGCACUGGGACCACACCGGUGGUGUACCUGACCUUAUCAGGCAUUAUCCGGAACUCUCAUCCGCCAUCUACAAGAAAAGUCCGGACGUUGGUCAAUUGCCUAUUGAGCAUGGACAAGUUUUCAGAGUAGAGGGGGCCACAGUGAGGGCAGUAUUCACGCCUGGGCAUGCCAAUGAUCAUAUGUGCUUUGUGCUCGAAGAAGAAAGUGCUCUUUUCACGGGCGAUAAUGUCCUGGGGCAUGGCUAUACCGUUGUUGAGGAUUUGGCACAAUAUACCACAUCUCUUGAUACCAUGGCAGAUCAACAGUGUCGAAUUGGAUAUCCUGCCCAUGGGGAUGUUAUCACAGGCCUUCCGGCGAAGAUUUCGCAAUACAAAGCACAACAAAUCCGAAGAGAGAGACAAAUAAUUCUGGCGUUGAAAAAAAGCAGAGAAAGCCAAGAACGAGAGGGGAAGGGGGGCAGAGGCAGUGUUACUAUCAGAGAAAUUGUCACUGCAGUGUAUGGUAGUGUGACAGAAGAUGUGAGCAAGCUAGCUCUGGAGCCGUAUAUGAACGAGGUGUUGUUGAAGUUAGCUCAGGAUCGGAAGGUCGGGUUUCAGUUUCAACGAGGCUGCAAGAGGUGGUUUAUCAAUCCUUUAGUUUAA